AUGAUGAAGAGGAUGGUUAGUUGUCGAACGGGGGGGGACAAACUUCACCACACGAGGGAAGAACGCAGGAGAAACAAUAGUGAGAGGAACCCCUGGGGAAGAAGCCAGCCCACUCGGCAGAGGUACAAUGGCAAAGGUUACACCUACAGGGGAAUAUGCGUCCAUCAGAGGGAAGCCACUAACCAGGCGGAGGAGAUGAACCAGGAAAGUUUACUAUUGAGUUUGUUGAGCGGUGGGUGUGGAUCUGUUGAAGAGAAGGAAAAAAAAGGAGGAGAAGGAAGAGAAGACGGAGGAGGAGGUUGGGGCAGCACUGUGCUUACCCCCCAUCAGAAUGGCACUUCGCCUUUGCACAGACACCCUAAUGGAGAAGACGACGAAACAAACGGGUGUCCCACCCACAAAUACAAAAAAGAAGAUGCUGAACCGAAUCAACAAAGCAUUAAAACAUAUUACGAGCUGUACAACGUUAUCAAAUAUCACAACAUAGAUAGAGGCCGAAGGAGGAAUCGACUCAUUCAUUUUUGCAAAGAGGGGAGAUUAAAAAGGAGGGCGUCCAGGAGAAAUCGGCACAAUGGUCAUGUGAUGGAAGGAGAGCAAAGUAGGGGAGAAAUUCACUCUCCCUUUGGACAACAGCGAGGGCAUCAUCGAGACGAUCAGAAGGAAGACCCACUGGAAAACAUCUUAAGCCUCGAAUGGCAGGACGACGGCUCCUCCAAUUCAAACUACCUCCUCCAGUGUUGCAACGAGCAGCUACUGAACAGGCAGGUAAAAAUACACCACACGGAUUUCAUCGAAAUUGAGGACAUCUUUGAUGAGAGAAGAUUACGUUUUGUAAAAAAUAAAAAAUUCUGUUUUUACAAAAAUGGGGAAAUGAAUAAGUUCUGCAAAGAGAAGGAGCGGAGGAGCAAGGUGGACUCUAGGCGGACCACUCCAGGGAGUCAUCUGAAUGGUGGGAAAGGAGCCGAGAUCAAGAGUCUCACCAAAGUAGAGGUGGAGCAACAGGAGGAAGAAGUGCGAGAUAGUUCACCCUCUGGGGAAAGGAACACUUAUGAGUGUCCUCCCUACCGAAAUGGGAACCUCCACCAGGGGAACAUCACAGAGGAGAGUCCCAUCGGGGAAACCCUCCAGGAGGAGUCCCAUGAACGGAGAGCUGAUCGCUUGGGGGAGAUUCAAAUGGAAGACAUAGACCUGCCCGAUGGCCUCCGGGAGAGCAGUAAAGUAAGUCCUUCCCACAGUUCGAAGGAACCCACCCUGGGAGGAAAGAACUCAAAUGAGCAGACCGACCCGAUCGACCCCCUCGAGUUGGACCCUGACGGAGAGUUCUCCCUUUGCGAGGGGCAUGACCACUUUGAAAAUGAGAAUGGAAGUAGCCCCGGAAAUAUGGAGGACAAUCUAGCGGGGGACGUCCCCAGCGUGGAGGGAGAUGCGAACGAGGAGGAUAGCUUCCUUUCGGAUCUCUACUUGGGCGACAACGAGGGUAGAGAAGCGGACGUGGAUGAAGAAGCGGACGUGGAUGAAGAAGCGGACGUGGAUGAAGAAGCGGACGUGGAUGAAGAUGCGGAUGUGGAUGAAGAUGCGGACGGGGAAGGAGAAGCGGACGGGGAAGGAGAAGCUGGCCAAGAUAAAGAACCGGAUGAGGGCUACCACUUAGACUGCGAGUUCGAAGACGUGGAAGUGAAGGAGGCGCUUGACGGCGGACAAGAUGCGGACAGUAAGACGAGUCUGUUGGCAGAGGAAAUGGUGGAGGGGAGCGAUGUCCCAGGAGGAGGAGAGGUGCAAUUUGAAGAGGAUGGGCUGGUUGGAGAAUUCGAAGAGGAUGGGCUGGUUGGAGAAUUCGAAGAGGAUGAACUCAUUGGCGAGCUUCAGGCGGAUGGACUGAUUGAUGGGGGAGAGGAAGAGCCACUCAGGGAGAGCUCAGAGUCAAAGCUGUAUCACCACGAUUGCGACUUGGGGAGUGUUGCAAAAGUAAGCGACCUGUUUGACGACGUAGAGGUGGAAGAAAUCGGGGCGGAGGAAGAAAGGGAGGACUCGCUGUUGCGUGAGCUGGAAGGAGUGGAACCGCAGCGGCAGGAGGAGGGGGACGACGACGAAGACGAGAUGGCGAAGCAUGAGCAGGCCAAGUCGUGGGAUGUCCCAUCCAGGCGGGGGCGGCAUGACGGAGAGGACGACGCCCCCCUGCACGUCAACGUGGAGCAGGAUUUUAUCAAAGAUCUGGGCCUAAUGAAGGAGAAAGAAAAUGUCACUUACAAUGUGAUGAUGUAUCCAUAUAAUCCCGUAGCAGGUGGAGUGAAUGGGACGGACUACGCAGGGGUGCAGCAAAACGUGGCUUCUCGGGAAAACAAAACCAAGGGGGAGAAUUACGACUUUUUUAAAGACAUCUAUCGUGAUUAUUUUGAUAAGUCGUAUCAGUCUGAUCAGUCAAAUCAGCCUAAUCAGCUUAAUCUGUCUAAUCCGCCUAAUUUGUCUAAUCUGCCUAAUCUGUCUAAUCGGCCCAAUCAGCCGAAUCAGCCCAAUCAGCCGAAUCAGCCCAAUCAGCCGAAUCAGCCCAACCACGACGAGCUGCACCUCUUCGGUGCAGACAUCACGAAGAAUGCUUACCUGUACAUCCUUCAGAACUACGCCAACAUGUGCAAAUAUAAUCACGUGAAUGUCUUUUCUCCUCUGAGUUGUAGAGACUACACAGAUUACCUUUUUAAGGAGAGACGGAUGGAGAGUGAGUUGAUCUAUGAUGAGCAGAUUAUCGAGGAGGUCUUUCGAAUUCAUGAAGGGGAUGCUGAGGAAGUGGCGAAGCGGAGGGGGCAGACAACACUUCGUCAGGGUAGAGGUGUAUCUACACAUGACGAACAGUCUGUUUAUAAAAAAGGAAGGGAAGUCGAAGGGGACAUCCAACGUGAUUUCGUCAUAAAAGGGGUGACAGGACCUACCAAUCAACAGGGGGAAGGGUACCCCUCGGCAAUGCUGCGAAGCGCUACUCACGGAGAAGGCAUGCUGAUGCAGAUGUACAGACGAAACCACAACAACAACCAUGGGUGCAGCUCCUUCAUGAGGAAGACGAAGGAGAUGUUUUACCUGCACAUGGGGAGACACCCGUUUGGGUGGAGCUACACAGAUGGUGAGGCUGGUCUUGGGACUCCUCCUGGAGCUGAGGCCGCGGCUCGGCCUGGGCAGCACAUCUACCUGGACAAUUUCACAGCCGUAUGGGAUCAUUUGUAUUCGAAGAGGAAGCAUUUGGAAGGAAGAGAAACGAACUACAUCUUACAAGAAAUAAAUAAAAAGCUAGCUAGCCAAAUGGAAAGAAAUGAACAAAUUUCAUAUAUUUUGAAAAAUCAUUUUCUGAGAAACCCCCCUGUGUCGGAUAUGUUACUCAGGUCACUCAUUUGUUCCCCUGAUGAGUUUAAGCAAGCGUUCAAUCAGCAGUACGACUUUUCCGUGUUGCGGAAUGCUGCGAAUGAUACCAGGGAGGGGGACAAUUCCACUUCCGCUUGUGCUAAUCACGUCCGUGAUGCGUUGUCCCCCUGUGUGCAGAAGAGAGAGACGAUGGACUCGCUGGUUGACUCGUUCGCAGUGACCCCAUUCGAAGUGACCCCCUUCCACACAGCAAAUCCAUCAACCCACCCAAAUGAACAGACCAACAUCUUCAUUCAAAAUAAAGAGCUCAGACUUGGAUGCAUCGAAACUAUUCUGAGUAAAAGUAAAAACAUCUUCUUCUUCACUAAUCUGAAACUAGACACAUGCUACCGUAAGAGGAACCCCCACGAAAUCGAGAAUCACCGGGUCUCCCUCAGCACAGUGUAUGUACACACGCGUAUGGCCAAUGCCUAUAUUUACAAUUACGAGUUAUCAAACAAGAAGGGGGUGAUCGCUUUUUCUCGAUUCCACAAAUUCGAUUUUAGGACGUCCAUCGGGAGGCAUUCCUUUGUGGACCCCAGGGAGGACGAACAGUCGGAUUAUCCGGAGAAGUCGCAUCGUCUGGAUAAUCCAGAUUAUCCCGAACAGCCGCAUCAUUUGGAGCAGUUCGAAGGGGUGAAGCUGGGCGCGCUCAGGUGGGACCUCCUCAGGGCGGCCAUACGCAGGGGAGGCGUUCUAGGCGACGCCUUUUUUGACUCACCAAGGAAGGAAUCGGCGGAGGAAUUGGCAAACGCGAUGGAAGUGACCCCAGCGGUACAAUUGCCCGAUCGCCAGACCGGCACGAAGCUCACGCUGAAGCUCAACGCGAAGAGCCUACUCCCGCCAAAGAGUAGGAGCCACGCGCAGCACCAAAUCGACCUCCUUGCGAACAUACUUCUCGACCCAGAUUUCAAACUCACUAGUAGCUGCAAAAUUGAAACAUGGCAGAUACAGAAUCAGUGCGAAAGAUUACCCAUGCUGAGGUAUAAUGAAGAAACGAAGGAGAAUCCCGUGUUUCUCCUUUAUGACAGCUCAUGUCUACAUCUGUCUGAUGACAGUCCGCUUGUGAUCCUUGAGUAUAUAGAAAAAGAUCCGAUGGUACUCCCAAAGAUUGGCAUGAAUAGUAAGCUGAAACACUACGUUAUGUGUCGGAAUGAAGAAAGACUCUACUCCUUUGAGUUUAAGAGGAAAGUAAAGAGGGACAUGGAACCCUUCGGCGAGAUCAACGUGAUGAACCAACCCAUCAGCUACUUUGGCGUCAGCGUUCGGACGAAGAAGGCGAGUCAGAAGCUCAGCUUCCUCGAGAAUGAGUUGUUCAAGGCGUUCCUCUUCCCGCCGCCGGUGUACCGCGCGGGGGGAGGGGCAGGAGGAGUGGAGGGCGAAGUGGCAGACGACGUGGCAGGCGGCGUGGCAAGUGACGUUGCAAGUGACGUGGCUAACCGCAUGGACAACGAUGUUACCGCUAACAUGGCUACUCCGCCACUGCCAAAGGGAAGAGACGUUGGGACCUCCGCGCAGAACCGCAGCCAAGGAAACCUCUUUUACGACACGGACUUCCUCCUCAUAAGGAACACCUGCACGGGGUGUCGAAGCAGAGUUUUUCUGAAGCCGCUCCAUGUGGAUAGCAGCUUGUAUAGGGAGGUAGCGAAGGAGAAGAGCGAUCCCUCCCCGGGGGAGGUUUCCCCGACAAUUAGAUGCGCUGGCGAACGUUACAGCGGCUGGGAGGGGGCCAAAGAAGGGAUUCCGGGGGGUCAGCCCGUAGGGGAGGAGCAGGAAGGGGAAGAAGCGGAAGAAGCCGAAGAAGUGGAAGGAGCGGUCCACCCAGAUGCCGCCCCCAACGAAGGUGAAGCGCUAGUCCGAGACGAUGCCAACCAUGGAGAGUCCCCCGUCACCCCGCCUCCCAACUGUGUGUUCUACAACGUGGGCUUCCUCGACCUCCACGUGGACAUAACAAACCCGUCGUAUAAAAAGUACAUCGCGGAAAAGAGGAACUAUGUGCGCAGCUGGCUCAUCAAGUUGAUUCAGAAGCACAAACUUAAGGACACAAAAAAGAUUAAAGAAAUGUUAAAGGCAAAAUUAAACACCUUUAUUAAUGAAAAAGACAUGAGCGCUAUUAUUAAGUCUCUCGAUUUUAGUCUGCUCUUGAGCAAAAACUACGCAAACGAGGAACAGCAGAAAAAUGUAUUCAAAUUAAAGAAUGUCUGCACGAUUGAGUCUACGUACCACUACCUACAGUUGCUAAAAUACGAAGGGAUUGAUUUUUAUAAAAUGAUGCAAGAGGGGGAGAAGUUAGACAGGCUGAUUUCCAUCCUCAAAAUAGAACGACAGAGAGCGAAACAGAAUAUAGAGAAUAUGAAGAGAAAAAUGAAGAUCACAUACAAAAGGUACUGCUACAAGAAGGAAGCGAAGACGAUUGAUUUUCAACUGAGGAAGAAACAAAUUCAAAUUCGAUCAAUAAGGAACUACAAUUAUGUUGGUUCCCAUUUUUACGACAGAAAUAUGCUGAAUUAUUUGCUUUAUAUUAAGUACCUGAUUUGUUGUUCCCCUUGGAAUGUUCUCAAAGAUUUCCGCUGCGCAUCAUCGCAGGGGCAGAAGCAGGGAGAUGGCAGUGUUGAGGGGGACCAGGCAGAGGGAGGACCAGCAGCAGGAGAAGCAGGAACAUUGGGACGACGACCAAGGCGGAGAAGGAGGAGACUCCAAAUCAAAAUGAAGAACAAGGAAAAAACGGAGAAUAAAAUGAACACGAAGAUGAAGAAGAAGAGGAGAAGGAGGAGCAAAAAGAGGGACGCCACUAAGGGGGAUGCUCCUUCCGAGAUGGACUGGUGGGAGGGACGCCACAGUGGAGAAACAGGCGCGACGGUAGAAAAUGCAAACGAAAGGUGCAGGAACAGACCCGUGAAGGAUCACCCGUUCACGUCGGACGAGGAGCAGCAGGAAGGAGAAGAAGAGGAGAAGGAAGAACAGGACCAGGAAGAAGCAGAGGAGGAGGAAAAGGAUGAACCCACCAGGGAAGACGUCUCCAAUGAAUCAGACCAAUAUCGAGGCGAAGCAAGAGGAAAGAAAAAGAUCCAGUGGAGCACAAGGGAGGAUGAGUCAGAGGACUCCACUGUGGAAGGAACACAUCGGGAGAGGCAAGAAGAGGAUGAUAUUGAUGAUGAGGGGGAACAACCGGAGAAGGGGACGCGUCGACGGCGCCCACGUGCAGGAAGAAGGAGAGCGCCCGAUGAACACAGCAACGAUGAACACAGCAACAGUGAACACCGCGACAGCGAUGGCAAAGAAAGACAAGACGGAACGAACGAUAAGAGGGCCGACUCGGGGCCAAAUAGAAAAAAGACGAGGAAGAAUUAUUCCUACGCUUCCUACCUGUUUAAUCACGUCGUGUGUAAUGAGGCCCUCGCCCAAGGUGAAGAAAAAUCAAAUGACAAAGGCGGACCGCAGCAGAUGCACCAUUCGAGGAGAAACGAAAAGUCUGCCGCUUCCAACUGGAGAGCAAAGGGGAAGUUGUAUACACGAAAUGGAAGUGUGCACAGGAGGGAAACGUCCAGGGGAGACAAACAGGACGAAAAGAGGACCGACAGACGGAUUGAGAAGAAGAGUACCCGUAUGUAUGCUGGGAACAACAAACGUUAUGUCUUUCACGGGAAGGGGAAAUACAACUUCAGUUACUUCCACACGAAGAAGAGGUUGACCGUAAAUCCGGAUGAGGCAGCCACUGGGCGGAGGUUUAGAGGGCCCCAGGGUGCACAUCGAGCAGGGAUGUACGAAGAAGAAGCGGAGGGAGGGGAGGACAACACCUAUGAGGAGGUAGAGGUCGCAGACGAAGCAGAUGACGCACAGGAUGGAGAUGAUGCAGGGGACGCGGAGGACGACUUUGCUAAACGGCGCCCCCCCCACCGCGAGGGGCACCCACCCGAGGCGGGCCCAACCAAGCAACUACCACGUAGGAAAAGGCCGAUGCCGGGUGAACUAGCUAAAACGACGGAAGAACCGGAGAAAAAAAACCCCAGAAGUGACAUGACGCUGAGCAGCACCCGAAUCCUAGCGCAUCUAACAUCGAGAGACAUAGCGAAGGCUCUUCUGUCCAUCGGAUUUAAUAUGUCCGAGCUGAGGAAAAUGAGUCGAAGUGAUCAGAUAAGGAAGCUGAAGGCAUGCAUCCGAAACGGGAGAGUAAAUUCCCAAAACAGAGUUAUCUAUACUUGCAUGGUGAAAAAGAUUAUAAUGGAACAAUUCAGACAUCUGCAUGUGCCGAUUCAUUUGAAGAUGAGCAGUAACGUCUUGUACCUGAGCGAGAGGAGGAGGGAAGGGGCAGGCAGCAAUCACCCGGGUCCUUCUCUGGAUUGCUUCCCCCAUGGCAGUCGCAGCAACGCCCUUGUAAGUGCCUCCAACUCGCUUCACCAAGGGGAGAAUCCCUACCUAAGCGAAGACUAUAAAAAACUGUACAUGCAUAGUAAGAGGAAGCAGAUUGACAAGAACCGGAUUAAGUUACUGAGGAGCUUCUUUCAAUCCCCUUCCAGUGACGCCGACGAGUAUGGCUCCUCCUUCUUCUCGUCCUCCUCAUCGUCAGGCACGACGGAUAGCUCCUCCGAUUCCAGCUCAGAGGAGAGUUCCUUCCGUUUGGGCGAGGCAACCCCACUAGGGAAAAUCAAACAGAGUAGAAGUCCACAUAUGCGAGGUGACCACAUGGGGGGGAACCACAAGCGGGCGGGCCUCGGAUGGGAUGAUGAACAAUCGGAAGAGGAGGAAGAAAAGAAGCACCUGGAAGUGAUAAGGGAAAUACAGACGAAGAAAGACAACUACGAGGAUGACCAGAAUAAUUAUAGAAUGGUGCACUGUCUCAAAUGGACGAGGGUCUACGUAAGCAGGAGCGACCAAAACGAUGCAGUUAGUGGUCAGAGCGGUGCACCAUUUCAGAGGUAUGAACAGGGCAAAGGUGGAGGGGGCAUUUUCAACGGGGAGGGUGCCCUAAACGAGGGAGGUAACCCCUUGCACACGUUUCCCCAUCCGGGAAAGGCAAAAGAAUCACUCAACAGUGGCAGAAGAGCAGACAAGGGAGAGCAAGCCAUGCUGAAGCACCACGUGAAGGACAUGGAGAAUCUCCUCUUUGACGAAAAAGCCAAAGUGGAGAAGAUCCACACGCUAUACAUAUAUGGAGAAAAAAACAUCAACACCUUUUUGCGGUGGAAAAGCUUCCGAUCUGUGGUCAGAAAAUAUUUUACCCUCGUGAAUGCACAUCAUAUGAAUGAACAUGCCAUGGGGGAGGAAGGAACGAUGAGAGAUAAGGUGGUUAGCCAGAGGGACAAUGCACCCGGGAAUAGGGGCUCACCUCCACAUGGUGACGAUGAUGCGGAUGGAAGUCUCGAACACGAUAGUCUAUUCUCCAACAAAGUGAAGAAAAAAAGGCAUAGGAGACGCAGGCGAGGAAUGGAGCUCGCAGGGGAAGGAGAAGGGAUGACAAGAGGUUCCAUAUAUGCCGCCCCCACGUUCAGGAACGUCCUUCGGAUCUUCCCUACCGUUGGAGAGGAGUUAAAAACGUGGCACUCCGGAAAGAAGCAGACAAAUAAAAAUGACUCCAAACAGGAGAAGAAGAAAAAGAGAAGGGGAAAACUUCUCAACGAGAGUAACAACAAAGGAAAGGAAAGGAAGAAACGCAAAAGGGGAGAGUUCUAUGUUGAUGUGAACACCACCGCGGGAAAGCUCAUGGGAAGAAAGUACGUCAAUACAAAUUAUUCAGUCAAUAUUAAGAUGAACAAAUCGAUGCAUACAUCUGUGUCUAUGGCAGCAUCCAGACGUAGGGGGUUGUAUCCCCUGGCGAUUGAUCAGGCUGCCCAGAUGGCUAUGCAGAAAAGGGAAAAGAGGAGGAGACGAAGAACCGUCACUGCUGCUGCUUUGAAUGGGAAAUUGAAAAACUACAGGAGGAGAUUCUCCAGAGACAUUACCAAUGAGGAACACCAGACAGGGGAGGAGACCGCGGGAGAAAUGGAGGGAGAAACGGACGAAUGGGACGAAGCCGAAGGGGAGGAAGACGCGGAGGAGGCCGCAGUAGAAGAAGAAACCCCUACGUAUGAUGCAGCGGAGGAAUAUGCUGCUGCGGAAUAUGCUGAGGCGAAGGAAGCCAACGAAGCGCGCAAGCGGAAGAAAUUGCGGAGCCAAUUGACCAAAAGCAACAGCUCGUUGACACUUUCGUUGAAUGAGGAAGAGGAAGAUGCUCAUCGAACGGGUAAAAAAAGGAGGAGGGGAAGGGAAGAACUAGAAAGGGGAAGCGAUAGGAGGGUCGAAAGGGGAGACCGCAAUGACACAGAGCAGUCAAAAGGUCCGCACGAGCAACACAUCUCGCCCAACGUGGCUCACACAGCCGAGAAGGCAGUCAGAAGGAGCACAAGCAUACUAUCAGACGGCACUGCGAGCCCAACCAUCGGAUCGAAUGAAAAAAAUGCCGCAGAAAGCGCAAGAAAAAAAAUGAAAAAAGGAAACACAUACAACAAUAUAAAGGAAGUCAUCGAAAAGUUUAAUGAGAUCCUCAUGUCCAUCAUGUCUAGCAUCGCAGAAGUGAUGAAUUACAAAGCCUUCCUCAACGAAGUCAACGAAAGUUACGCCCCCAUGUACUACACGAUUAUUAAAAAACCCAUGUAUAUAAACAAAAUAAUUUUUCGGUGCAAAAAAAGGAAGUACAACAGUCUAAACCUUUUUUUCGACGACGUAAAUCUCAUCGUCAGCAACUGCAAGCUGUAUAACACCCCCACGUCGGUCAGUGCCUACCUCUGUGUCAUCGUGGACAGCAUGCUCCUCGACAUCGUGAACAAAGUCAGGUCCGAUGAAAAUCUACAGAAUUAUAAUAAUAUCCUUAUUGAGCACUUUUACAAGAAUAAAAUAUUGAAUAACACCUGGGAGAGCCUCAAUAUGGACAUGGCCGCGGGGGCAUCAGGCCAAGUCAUCUCAGCGGGGGUAGGAAGUCACGAUACCGGGGGGAUUGAAGCAAAUGACCAUAGCCGGGUGGCAGCAAGUCACCAUAGCGGGGGCGGAUUAACCGUUGCGAAUAACUCCGUGCCAUCCGUAAAUAUGCACUCCAACGAGAUGAACUCGAAGGACGCGCCCGCAGGGGAGGGCAAUCCGUAA